GGCUCCUGCUCACAGAUCAUGCGCAGUGUGCAGCGUGCUGCCUUCAGUCAGCGAAGCAGCUGUCCAGGGUUUGGAAUUCCAACAUGGCAGAGGCUGUGGUCAGUCUUCCCCUCACUAACUUGGAAUGGUUUCAAAUCGCGAGCAGCCACGCUUAACCUCAGCGAGCCAUUCAUCUGCGCACUGCCCGGAUCGAUGGUACUAUAAACCCUGACGCUGCCCUGGCACCUAACACAGGCUUGAAGACAUGAUCACUAGCACCGGUAUUUAUGGUCUAAAGAUGCAGUGGACCCCAGAGCACACACAAUGGGCAGAACAACACUUUGACAUCUCAUCCACUACCCGCUCUCCAGCACACAAAGUAGAGGCCUACCGGGGGCACUUACAGCGAACAUACCAGUAUGCGUGGGCAAACGAUGACAUCUCUGCACUGACUGCUUCCAAUCUGCUUAAGAAAUAUGCAGAGAAGUACUCUGGGAUCCUAGAGAGCCCAAAUGAGAGAGGCCUGCUGUGUUCCUACUCUGAUAGCACCACUGGACUCAUGAAUGGAAGAAAGUCAGAGAAUGAUUCCUGGCAGGAGGGGAUUUACCCAAUGAACUGUGCUCCAGAUGUUAUAUCUGUGAGCAAAGCUGGAAUGACAGCUGCCCUGCCCCCUACAGAUGUGUCGGCUAGCAUAGGCAGCUCCCCAGGGGUGGCCAGCAGCUUGUCUGAGCCCAGCUACUCCAGCAGUAACUGUGGGAGCCACACAGCCACUACUCUCCACUCGGGCCUCCCCUCUCAGGAAUAUACUGCCAGCUACAACGGCUCUUACCUGCAUUCAAGCUACAGCGGCCAGAGUACCCCGGCUCUCCCCUCCCCCCACCCCUCUCCUUUGCACAGUGCUGGGCUCUUACAACCACCGCCCCCACCGCCUCCCCCUGCCUUAGUGCCGAGCUACAACGCCGGGUCUCCCAACUACAAUUAUCCUCCAACAGGGUAUCCUUCUCAGACUGCAGUUGGCCCUGGUUACAGCCCUGGGGGCGCACCCCCCCCUUCUGUGUAUCUGUCGUCCGGUAUUGCAGCUCCUACACCAAUUCCUCCCUCCACACUGCCCGGCUACACCUACCAGUCCCAUAAUCAUACACCAAUUGCACCUACACCGUUAAAUGGCAGCACAUCAAGCUCAUUAAAAAGAAAAGCUUUCUACAUGAGUGGACAUGGAGAUAUGGACUCUAGCUAUGGUAAUUUCAACUACAACCAACAGCGCUCUUCACAUAGUCCAAUGUACAGAACAAUAGACAGUGACUCAAACAGGGGCAAUGGCUUUGACAGAAAUGGAGAGGCAUCAUCUUUAGCUUUUAAGCCCACCAAACAGCCAAUGUCUUCUGAUCAUCAAAGGACAUUUAUUUUACACUCUGGCAGAGCACUAUCGCCUCCAAACUAUGGAUCAACCAAAAGCUCUGUGGGUGAUCUGAGGACUGGUGAGCCCUACAGCAAGUUUGGAUCCCCCAUCAUGAGCGAGCAAACUGAAGAGCACAGACAGCACCUCUCUCACUCCCUAACAGGGCCUGACAUUGGUACGGCUACCUCGUCCAUCCAUGCUGCAGAGGAACAAUUGAAGAACAGUGACUCCAGCCUGGUGGAGAUGGUGACCACAGAAAUCCUUCAGCAGGGCCCUCCAGUGGACUGGAGCGACAUCGCGGGUCUGGAUAUGGCCAAAACAGCCAUCAAAGAGGAGAUACUGUGGCCCAUUUUACGGCCAGAUAUGUUUAGUGGACUUGCCACAUUACCUCGGAGCCUCCUUUUAUUCGGACCUCAGGGAACUGGUAGAACGCUGAUGGCCCACUGCAUGGCAACACAACUGGGGGCGGCCUUCUUGCAACUUAGCGGUUCUGCUCUGGUGACCAAGUGGCUCGGGGAAGGGGAAAAGAUCAUCCAAGCUUCUUUCCUCGUGGCCCGGUGUCGCCAGCCAUCGGUGGUGUUCAUCAGAGAGGUGGACCUGCUGCUAUCAGCUCAGGUCAGUGAGGAUAGCCCAGUGAAUCGCCUCAAGGCUGAGCUCCUCAUGCAGCUUGACAGUAUUCUGACCUCUGCUGAGGACCAUGUCCUCGUGGUUUGCUCCACCAAUAAGCCUGAAGAGAUCCCCGAGUCCCUACGGAGGUACUUUGCCAAGCGACUGCUCAUCCCCUUGCCUGAUGGGACAGCACGACACCAGAUAAUCAGCCAACUGCUCUCACAGCACAACUACUGUCUUAGUGAUAAAGAGAUGUCACUACUGGUUCAGAGGACAGAGGGCUUUUCCGGACUGGAUGUGGCUCAGCUGUGUCAGGAGGCUGUGGUAGGUCCUCUCCACGGCAUUCCUGGUACUGAUUUGUCAACCCUUCACCCAGCUCAGAUGAGACCAGUCUCCUACCAAGACUUUGACAGUGUGUUUUGCAAAUUCCAGCCCAGCAUAUCACAAAAGGAACUUGACAUGUACACUGAGUGGAAUAAAAUGUUUGGUUGUAGUCAAUGAAAGAGACUAAUUGAAUAUAUUUCUCAGUAGUUGGCCUUCAGUGAUCAAGCAAAAAUAACAAACAGUGGUGACAUGAAUAUACUGUAUAGGGCAAAUGGAUGUCCUUGGUGUUACACAAAAGCUAACAGCCUGGACACAACACAUUGGUAAAUGCUAAUUGAAUUAUUUAUAUGGCUGAUGCCAUUGUGCUCUCUAUAACUCAAACAACAAGGAAGAAGAUGCCCCCCCCUUUUGUAUAUACAUAUAUAUAUAUAUAUCUAAAUAUAUAUACAUACUAUUCUGCUGAUCUUGAGAUUUAGUUGCUAUCAAGUGCCUGAGGUGGUGCUGUUUAAUUUUUGUCUUACUUUUUGCUUCACAAUCUCCAUUGGUGACAUGUGCUAAUAUGAAAAAAAGCUUUAAAAUUAGACAAGAAACUUGCUUUGCUUUCCAAAAAACUUGCUUUCCAUAAGUGUUCUACAGCUGUUUUCUGUUUUGUGCUCUCUGUGAACAGUUGUGGUUUAUUUGGGCUAAAUUACAUUUAUUGGUAUCAUUUCAGUUGGGCUUCAGUACCUUACAAAGGUUUUAUGUGUGCCGUUACAACAACACUCACAAAUGUUUUCUCUUGGAUGAAUAAGGUGAAUGUAGUUGCUGUACUAGCCUAUACAAAAUGAAAUUACAAAAAAAAACAAUAUCAUUAUACAAUGUGACUUCAAUCUCAACAAUACAUUACUAUGUAUUUGCCGUUAAGUAUUGUUUUGGUAGUAAUUCACAGUGUUUCACAUAAAUGUAAAAUUGUACAAUUUUUAUUUUAAUGUUCUCUAUUUAAAAACUCAGGAAAGUGAUGAUAUGUACAGUACCUCAUAGGCUUGUGUAACAUUUGAUAUAACAUCAUCAAACCAUGUAAGGCUAUAUAAUACCUCAAAAAGCUUCACAGGAAAUUAGAAAGUCCCUACAUUGAAUGUAUGAGAGUCAUUUCGGUUUAUUUACAAGACAAAAAAAAGUAAUUUGUUUGGAGUUCUUUACUUGAGCUUGUGGUGAUGCAGAGCUGAGAGAAAUUUGAAAGGUGCAGACAAACAUAUUGGGGUUGAAGAAGACAGUGGCCCCGAGCUAUUUAAUUCCAUCCUGCUGCUGUUUUAUCAAUAAUGAAACCUAAGGAUUAUGUAUAGCCUAAGUUCCUUUCUACCUCACUUUGUUAGCUAUCUCUGAAAGACAAAUACAUGAAGACAGCAAAAGACAGCACCUAUUCUGCUUGUUUGAUGAGGAGACCUUUUGAAACAACACCAAACAGUAUUGUGUUGUGUGUAACAUCUAUUAGCUUUACAUUUUUAUAACUCCCAUGAACCAGAUAAUGCACUUAAAGGGGAAUAGCACUGAAUGUUAUGGUUGGGAUACACAUCGCCUUUGCGUUAGGACAGAUUGGUCUGUGUUAGCUAACAUUCACCAGUGGAUGUUGUUGCUUGUUUGGCCCCUGAAUCUGUGAUGUCAAAGGAAACAUUUUAAUUUAAAAGUUAUCACAGUGAUCUUUCGUAGGAAUUCUCUGACUUGAAACCAGUUCGAUUAUUUUAAUUCCAAGUUGUUUUAAUUGUUGUUUUGUCUGUCUUAGGCCAUAACUAUGACCAUCAUGAAUUGAGUGGCAUUCCUUUUUAAGAAAAUGUUUUAAAGGCUAGUCUCGCUGUACAAAAAACUGUUUUUGAAUUCUGUUUUGUAUUUUUAUUCAUUUUAACUGUUGUGUUUACAGUGUUAUUAAUCACUAUUUGCUGCCAUUACAUUUCCAUACUCUUUUUUGGCAAUGAAAGAGCAAGACUGACAGCUGAAUUGGCAAGUAAGAAAUGUUAUUGAAUGUACUACGUCCUCUGAGCAGUAGGGAAAGCAAAGCACUCGCACAUUGAAAAAUGCCACUGAAGUAGAUAUCACUGUAGGUGUGUCAUUCUGCAGAGGCACUAAAGGACCUUGUGUUGGUUUUUCAAAGGAGAUCCUUAAAUCUUGUUGCCUAUUGCACAUGUUGGGAUUUAUACAUAGCAUCUACACAAAAGCUACGUAGCAGCAGGGAAAGCUUGCACGCUUCUCAACAUAAUAUCUUGCUGUAGUUUCACAUUUUCAUUUACACAGAUUCUUUAUAAACCAAAUCUAAAGACAGAUGUAUUGUUUACAUUCAUCCUGUAAAAUAGCAAUUUCUUUUUUACACAAACUGUAAACACCUUGAUGUGUCUUCAGCCACAUUUCUUUUACACACACGUGUAGCAAACUCCGGUUUGAUGCUUCAAAUGUGAAACAUGUGUAGUUAAGCAAAUAUAAAUGGAAAAAACGUUUUGUAAAGCCCCUCUAAUAUUGUUUAAUUUGAUACUAUACUUUGAGGUGUUUAUUGGUUGCCAAAUUAAAUCCAAAGUGAAACAAGUUGAAGAAGUUGUGAAUUUUAGUGACCUUAAUGUCACACUUUUGAUAUUUGCAUUUUUAAAACACUGAAAGGGCAAAAAACUGUAAACCCCUCUGUUGUAUUCUGUCUGUGUUUAUGAAGAGUCAUUUACCUCAAGCCUACAUUACAAAAAGUAACAAUUUGUUAAUCUUUUAAAACAAAAAUCAACAUAGAUAUUAGCAGACUGUGUCACAAACAACCAGUGUGUUUUUACACCGGAAUAUAAUUGUGUGUCUGUGAUUGUGAAUUUCAAAAUGAUAUUUGACAAGAAUGUGAUAAGGAGCCCUAAGUGCCAUUAACAUGCGCAGAUUUCACAAGUUUAAGUAGGCGACAGUUCAUAAACUUACAGAGAGAUAUUGUGUGUUAAAAGGGGGAAUGUUACACUCAAAUGAAGUUGUGCUUGUAAUAACUCCAACAGAAACAGCUCGCGUCACAUUUCUGUUUGUUGUAUCCAGAACCAUGUGGUAGAACACAGUGUAACACAAGGCAAAUGGUGAAUAAUUACAUUUGGAUGUUUCAGUUUACAUCACAGCUAGAGAGUAAAAAGCCUUCAACAAGAUCUGAUGUAAGGAAACAAUGGAGGUUAUUAAGGUGUAUGUUUUAUCAUGCUAUACAUGUUAUCAUUAAAAAAAGCUUUGGUUAAUGGGGGGGAUUUAUUAAAAAAAGGCCAACACUCACAACCAACACAUGACCUAUGAUAAGCACAUUGAGUCUUACAGUGAUGCCACUUGAAUCGUUUUUUUGUUUCAGAAUCUGUCAGUAUUUGUGUAAUUACAUUUUGUUGAGGACUGCUUAAGACCUUUAUUCCAUUCUUAUGUAGUUUUACAGUCUGGUAUUCUUUAUAACCAUUUCUACCUCAUUGCUACAUAUUGUACAUGUAGUACUUAUGUCCUGUCAUUUUGAAUGUCAUGCAUUUGUGGAUAAAAAAAAAAGAAAAAAAAAGUGAAAAAGUGAAAAACAAAACAAAAGCUUGCUCUUGAAGUUAAGCAGUCUACCUCACAAAGACUGUCUUUACACUGUCAAUUACAAGUCACAUAAAAAAUAUGACACCUUGAGGGCAAAGAUAAGGUCAACCUCCUCAUACUACUGUUUAUUUACGAUAUCACAUAUCCAUUGAAUUGCUGUUGGCUGUGUAGGUCUUCUACAAGGUCUCCAAUGCAAGUUCAAAUCAUUUCCUAAAAAGAAACAAAUUGCUUUAAUCCUUUGUGAAUUGUUGUAGUGCGCAUGUUAACGUGUAUGCAUGUGCACUUGCAACUCUACAUGCAAGUAUGAGGGAAUAACAUUAACAUAUGAACAAUCUGGGUUUUUACUUUUCAUAUUCAUGUACAGAGAAUAAACUUGCACAUAGCUGUACGUAUUGUACAUUUGCUAAUGAUGUACAGCAUACAUAUGAAAAAUGCACCACAUACAUGUUUAUAUGUGUGUAUGUAUUGCCAUACUUACAGUACAGUCGAUUUAAAUGUAUUUUGAUUUCA